AUGAACUCAGCAAUUUCGCCGUUUCCAACCAAAGGCCUUCAGGAAUCCAUCCUCCAGGGAACUCCACCAGCCAAAGCAGCGUCACACUUACGCCGUCUGAGCAGUAACGCCGCUGUCGCCCAAAUCAGACCGAACGGAAAACUGAGGGUUCCAGCUCAACAAGGACCCAUUCAGUCGGAAUCGAAUGGCUCUGUUGCAAACUCGAAGAUUCCACAGGACAAUGGCCUGGCUCCUCACAAGACUACACCGGAGUGCAUAUGGCGUUCGGGUUCAGAAAUUCAACACUGGGCCUCAUCAGUACCAAUUCAUCGGCUGGGGCUACCCAACGGACUUGGCUCACCCCCACAAUUCGGAAACAAUGGACACCCAGGAGGAUUCUAUCAAGCCGGCGUUGCACUAACUAGCUACGGUUCCUCGAGUUCUGGCCAAUCUGUCCUGCAUAUCCCCAAAUCCAAUACAUGGAGCGUCACUUCAACCAUCCAGAGAAUCUCGACAGACAACAAUGGCUUUCCAACAGAGUCGAGUCCUGCAAGAGUCGAGUCCAUUGUGAAAUCAACGCCAUUUGCAGUCCCAUCGGGACCGUUUCAAAGUACCACAGGUCGGACAUCCAUUUCUGCAUUGCCAAAGUCCUUUGACACAGGCACUGAGAACAACCAAGAAGUCACUAUCGACCGAAAAUUUACCAACGAUGGUGAAUCAGAGAAGCCGAAGCCACAUUUGCUUCUUGGUCACAAGGCUGAGAGCAAAGCUCGGCCAUGUAUGGAUGUUGUAGAUGAGCAUCCAGUGGAAGAAUAUUUGAACCUCGCGCCACAGAGAGAUUAUUUGAGAUUGAAGAGUCCCCUCUGGAACAAGACCAGCAGAGAUCAAGGCCACCAAAAGGGCGAAAUCCACUCCACAGACUCUGUCGACACAACAAGUCCGAAGCUCAGGUGUGCUGAGCUCAGGUCCAAUGACCAGAUUUCAUCGCAGCCGGAUUACUUGGAUGGGACUCCAAACAUGCCGGCGACUGAAGAGAACAACGGGGCGCCAAAGCCACAGCGAAAGGGAAAGGUUUCAGAAUUGAGGAAGGCCUUCGAACGGGGUCUUCUGGACCUACUGCGCAAAAAGCAACCAACAGAAUCCAGCGAGGGUGGUCCAGUCCCGCAGUCGGCUAUCAAACACUUGCAGCCUCCAAGACAUUCAGUACAGGCCAAGAAUACCGACUCUCCAGAAGACAAUCUUUCAAAGAGCUCGCUGAUCUGCUCACCCUUACCCACUUCAUUCCGCCGUGAAAGCAAUUGCCCCUCGUCACCGUUGAAGGACAAGAUAAGCAUUUUCGAGGGCUUGGUGAAACCCAACUCGUCUUCAUCAUUUGUGACAAGCCCUCUGCAAGAAAAGAGCAACAUCAAAGCUAAGGAAUCACCAUUCCUGACAGGUAGCAAAAUUCUACAGAGUGAAGUUAAGGAAUCGACAUCUCGGCUCCCAAAUAAGCUCCGGGGAACCUCGGGCAAGAGAAACAUUCAUGAUCAUGCCGCUAGGGAGAAAGGAGACUCAAAAGGAAAGUACAGCGUCAAAGUCCAGGCGAAAAGCCUAUCAGAACCAUCAGUAUCUGCCAAAGAACCCACGAGACGGCUGCAAUCAGAACAGCUUUCUUCGACAUUCAAAAACAAGCACAAGCCUCCGCAAAAGCAGCUGAUCGGUACAAAGAGCUCGAUGGCGGGUCGUGGAAUCGAAGAAGAGGCCACUCCGCAUUUCUCAGAAGAGUCGCAGUCGACCCCCACAGGUCAAAAGAAGAAUAUGGGUGAGCAACGACAAAAAGCAGCUGCCGAAUCUCUCAGAAAGCGUCUAGAGUCUGAGUUGAGGACUAGUACAUCUAUCAAUGGCCACCAGGAUAUUCAGGCGGGCCAGCGAGCUAGCGGAAAGCAACAGGGCAAGCCACUCCCCGGGGUACAAAGCUGUCAGAAUGAUACGGGCCAAAAUUCGACAUCUAUCAAUCAUCCGAAGGUAAAACUAUGGGAUAUUGAAAACCCUUUCAAAGUCUCAAAGACCAAGGACAAUAGCGAUGGCGGAGACUUUGACAACAGAGGGAGUGACGACUUCCGCAGUGUGGCUCUCGCACGCGUUCCAUGUAAACAAUCAACGCUGCAUCAUACAUCCUCAGCCUCCCGCCACCGCCAGCCAACCCCAACUUCUGGUUCGUACAAAAUGGGGAACGGCACUCCCAAUGAGGACUCUUCGGAAAAGUCGAAAGAGGAGACCGACCACAGUGACAAAAGUGAUUUCGUGGUUGUGGCUAACGCGGAAUGUGAAUUGACGCAUCCGCGACCGUCGAGGUCGAGCGACAAGAAGAUGAUCAAGGUGCUUUGCAAGUGCGGUCGAGAGCCAGGUGAGGACGAGGAGGAUGGCGGCCGGGAGAGCCUUGUCAGUGCCAGUGAGGGGAGUACUUCCAGUUUUCAUACUGCCCCUGUUAUUGCAUCGGUUUGUUAA